CCGCCCACGGAAGCGGUGACGUGUUUCAGUAUCGCCCGGGGAACAAAACGGAGGCUGGGCGUGAGUGUCGCCCGUGCUUUGCGUCAUGAGCGGGAUUUGCAUUAAGUUGAGAGUUCCAAAUGGCAAUUGGGUAAUUACUACUGAAAGUAGCAAGAUGGCAGCAAACCCUCCAAGUCAAGGUUUUCAGAAUAAAAAUAGGGUUGCAAUCUUGGCAGAACUAGACAAGGAGAAGAGAAAAUUACUUAUGCAAAACCAGUCUUCCACGAAUCACCCUGGAGCCAGCAUUGCACUUGCAAGAUCUUCCCUUAAUAAGGAUUUCCGGGAUCAUGCUGAGCAGCAGCACAUAGCAGCACAACAAAAAGCAGCAUUACAGCAUGCACAUGCACAUUCUUCAGGAUAUUUCAUAACCCAAGACUCUUUUGGAAAUCUUAUUCUUCCUGUCUUACCUCGACUAGAGUCGGAAUGAGGGCUGUUAUUCUCAGACUGAAGGAGAUGGAUAUGUUGUCCAUUGUUGAAGCUGCCAUCUUUCAGAACUACUUUAUAUGAUUUGGAAAACAGAUUGUGAACUAGUUUAAAAAAAUUUUUUUAUAUAUUUGACCUUUUUAUUCAAAAAAGCCUGUUUCAUUCUGGAUUCAUAUGCUUCUCUUCCAUGGUUGAGUUGGCUUCUCCUGAGAAGAGGUGCUGUAGAUUAUUAUGGAACUGACAGCAUUCUUCUUUACUUAAUUUCUUUUGUCAGCUCAGAGUAAGACUGUUCACCUGACAUAUCACUCCUACAUUUUAUUUUUCUGAUUUCCUCUCUUCUUUCAUUCAGUUGGAAGGAAGGAUGCCCCACCCAGAAUUUGAGACGCUUGUUCUAAUCUGCAUUUCUAAAGUAUCUGUCAUAGUAUCUAUGUACGGUACUUGACCUUAAUGAAAGCAGACAAAGUUGUCAUUGUCUAUCCUAAGACAGACAUGGAUUCAGUAGAUAGAUCAAUUACUUUCAUUCGCUCUGUGCAGGAACAUUAUUAGUGCACCCCAAUGUUUUUUAUGUUUAGUUUUUGUAACAGUAUCCUGGUUUCCCAGGUAGUUAGAGAUACUAUGUGCCAUUGUCAGUUUUAGAGUAUAUAAAACCUAAUUAUUAACCUUAUGAACAAAUAAUCUUGUUUGUGUCCAAUUAUCUUCAUCUUUUCUAGUGACAUGGGGUAAAAUUCUCAAGCAUUUAAGUCCCAUGCCAUAAGUUACUUAGGCACUUUUGAAAAUGUUACCCAUGAAAGUUCAAGAUCUGCCCUCGAAUUCAAAUGUUACGCUUUUAGGGUUUUUGUUCUUUCAGUGCCUUUGAAAAUGUGUGUUUGUGCUGCCCAAGUCAAAGUUUAGAUUCUGUCUCUGCAAAUCCUUUUCCAGCCUCAUUUCAAUUCUGGCAUCCCAUUUCAGUACGAGGCUGAAGCUUGGCGUACAAAGUCUAUUGGUUGGAUAAGUUACUUUGGAAGCAGAAUAAUACUGGAAUAAAGACACUUAUUUUGGAAUAGAGUUUGCACAAUACUGGUGUAACUUUAUCGGUAUAGUUAUACUGCCAUCGUUCUGCUGGUCAGUUUUCCCAUGUAGACCAACCCUGGGAUAUUGGUGCCAAGGAGUUUAAAAAAAAAAAAAAAAGAUCCGGGCUUGGAAUCUGCUGGUACUCUCCCAUACAUUAUACAGGUGCCUAUUUUAUUCUCCAAAAUCUCAGCUUUCAUUUAAAAAAAAAAGUAAGUCACUAGCUAUUGUGGUUAUAAAGAAAACUUCAAAAAUGUAAUCUGAGUAUAAGUGAUGCAGAGGUGAGUGUGCAGGGAGCUGGGACCAAUAGCUUAGAACUGCUCUAUCAUCACAGGGAGGGGUUAACUCAGGUGCCCCAGUGGUGAUGAUUUAAAUCUCAAAGUUUCAGUUUUCAUGAAUGAGAAAGAAUAGGGAGAGUCACUGAUCUGCACAGUUUGCAGCGAGUGCAUCUCGAAUUCGUGUCACAAGAAUCUGGUGUCUAAAAUACCAUUUUUCAUUAUCUCCAUGAAGAAGGAGCCUAGCCAAGGAACAUAGCACAAACAGUGAGCAUAUUGAAGGUCCCAGCAAAGUGAAGCCAUGCUCCAGGAGCCCAGUGGAACUCAGCUGUACAGUCAUAUUUUGACUAGCUGCACAAUCUACUAUGAGCAGAAUCUCACUUUGGUGACUGAAAUGUGGGGUUUAUUUUGCGGGUAAGACUUGGAAGAAUAACCCCCUUCCCACCCAACCCCACCCCAUUCCUGGUGAUGGCUAUUAUGUAACUCUGUAUGUUUAAAACUUGCUUUACUUUACAAAUGGAAACUUCCAGCUCCUGUUCUACAACAUGAGCCAAAUGGCUGUGGGUGUUUUGAAAAAGUUGACAUGCAUAAAUCUCUGUGUGGAGAACAUCAAAUGUUUCACCACAAAUGGUCAAAAUGUGGAAUCUUACUUAAAUGGCAACUACCAGAUCCAAAUAUCCAGGAUUCAGAAAUGUAAAAUGAGAUGGAUUUUAGCUUUAUAGUUAGGAGUGGAGUUUUGUGGAGGAGGGGGAGGGUUCACCUGUCCCAGCCACCAGCUUCUCAAUAGAAAAGAAUUGAAAGAGAACUUUUCAGUGGUCUCAUACAGGCUACAGAUUAUAAGUGGUACAAGCACCAAAACAAACAAGAACCUCACCUUGUCUAAAUCAGCAUAGGUCCAGUGAAGAAGAUGGACUUACGCCUGUUUACACUAGCUGGGGCUCAGGCCCAACAUACGGUGGGAUAACGCAUUCAGCUAGUUACAGAAGAAUUUGCAAUAGGAGGAAGAGAACCUAGGCUCAAAGGUGGAAGAAUUUUAAAAAUACUUCCAAUGUGGAGAAGCUGGAAGGGUAUUUUUCAGCUAUAAUGCUUAUAACUGUUCUGUGUAAUUGCAAGGGAUUUGGUAAUACAUCUAGGUAUAAUUAACUGUCAGUGAUACAAACAGUGUAUGUGGAAGCUUCUGUCUGUGAAACCAGAGUCUAGCAAUUAGUGUCAUAUGCCUCAAUUUGUCUUACCACGCUUACCUUUUCUUUUCCACUAUUAAUCACCAUUAAACUAAUUCAUACAUCACCUGUACAGUCAUCUAAGCAGCAGUCUCUCCUACUGAAAUUGUAUGUUCAAAUGAUUAACAAUUGUAAUCACCUCAACCAACACCACUUGCUUGGGCUUCAUAAGGUGCCUCUAUACAUGAGGCAAAUCUAGUGGUCAGACUUCUGCUGAUAUCCAUUACUAUGCUCAUGCAUCCAAGCCAUGUUUUUCCAUCUAUUAUGUAUCUCUGUAUUUAAACAUACAUGGAACAGUGAUAUUUACACAAGAACCCUUUUAAUCAAAUUGCUAUAAUACCUGUUGCCGACCUGUAUGCCCAGGACAGAUUCUGACUUCACGUGGGUAUACAUGGACAGUAAGUCAGUAGCGUUACUUAAGAUAUACCAUAGAUCAGACUCUAGGCUACAGUGUCUGUGAAAAUGGGGGGAAAGGGAGCAGUCCCAAUGUCUGGUCAGGUGAUCCAUCAUUUAAAAACAAAACAAAACAAAAACAAAUUAUGUCUGAGUGACUUCUGCACAAAAUUCCCCUGCUGUUAACAAAAAAAGUUGGACAUUCACAAGAGCCAUUUAUAUAGUGGGCAGAAUUGCUACUCACACAAAAUGUUCAAGGUAAGGUUUAUGCUCAGCCAGAUUUGGCUCUCAUAGUCCUGUCCCGGGGGCCCUCAGCAGAGCGGCUCCCCAAUGGGGGAGGCAUUCAGUACGAAGUUCUUUGGGUGAAAACCCCCUGCUGGAGUGAAGAGCAAAGAGAGACUCCCAGGGCUAGUAGCACCAGCAGAUAGGGGAAGGCGGUGAGGGAGAGACAGGUACAGAUUAUCUUUUUAAUGGAAUGAUUUUUACCAAGUGCUAAGUGUAGGUCUGAGGUGUUCAGCUGAAGUUGAUACCGAGUGGAUUUAAAGGCUGUUCUCAGUAGCAGUUGAGUCCAUUGCAACCUUAAGCAUCUCAGCUCAAGAAAAAUCUCAGAAUUGUCAAGUGAUCAUAUGCUGAAGACUAAGGAUUUCUGUUAAAGGAGAUUAUGAAGAACUCAGCUUCUGUUUGCUUCCAGUUAGUUCUGAGAGUCUGGGUUUUCAGCAAUGUGAAAAAAUUAAACAGAAAUUGUUUGAACUUUGAAAAUGACUUACAGCUGGUGCUGUCAGAGAUUCAACUAAACAUUGCAUGAUGGAGUUCGAAACAGGCCCAUCCUCACUAAAAUUGCAUGCUGUUUCUAAGUACCAAAAAAAAAAUCCAUAUUUUAUUUUUUAAACCCCAUAUUAGAUUGGAUUAUAUAAUUAAACUAUUUAGUUGAAUAAAGUCACAAAACCAUC